GUGUGUGUGUUUCCACACCGAGCCGCUCUUCGUAUCACUCCACCUCAAGACGAGUGGCUGCUUCUCCUGCAAAUGGCCCCCCGGUGGCUGAGCUGCAGUACUGCAGUGGUUCUGCUCUUGGUUCACGUGACUCCGGUGGUCUCGCAGUCCUGCUACGGGGGAUUCCCGGGGAUCCAUGGGAUACCUGGCACCCAUGGGCCCAACGGCCACAACGGCCCCAAAGGAGAGAAGGGAGACCCUGGUGAGGCAGGUCUGCCGGUCAAAGGUCAGAAGGGCUCGCUGGGUCCGCAGGGACCCCCGGGACGGCCUGGACUGAAGGGGGACGCGGGUCUCCCAGGACCUCCCGGUACUCCGGGCCCUCCGGGGCAGAAGGGAAGACCCUUCAACCCGUCCAACCAGCAGAAAUCCUUCUUCUCCUACAAGCGGUUGGUACCGCAGACGCCGGCGGUCGACACCGCCAUCGACUUCGACAGUGAGAUUUUGGACCUGGGUGAAGAGUUUAAAGGAGACUCGCUGGCAAACGGGACGUUCACCUGCGCCAUCGGAGGGAUCUACUUCUUCAGCUACCACAUUUCAGCAAAGAGCCGAGUGUGUCUGAAGCUGGUGAAGGGCAGCGACAGCGACCUGACGCUGUGCGACUCGUCCGAGGGCUUCCUGGUGACCUCCGGCUCGGCGGUCCUGGAGCUGCGGGCCGGGGAUACGGUCUCGCUGCAGGCGACCCGGUUCAACAACAUCGUGACGAGCCAGAGCAGCACCAGCCACACCUUCACCGGAUUCCUGAUCUCCCCGACCGGCUAGAGAGCCGAGAGGUCCACCCGACCUCUGACCUGUCCGGUCAUGUUCUUUAAAUGUGCACACAUCAGGAUCAUUAAUAAAGAUUGGCUGUUUUUGCAUGAACUACUAAAA